AUGGUCCUGAUGUGUUCUUACUCUGUCAACAGCAGCGGAUCCAACCUGAAGAAACUAUGCCGCAAUGCCCAUCACCUCGACAACUCCAUGUCGAUCCCAACAACGGAACAGGCAAACGGCCGCAUCCGCUGCCUUGGGCAGCUCCAGAUUGUUAAGAUCUACGAAUACCUGGUCAAAGACACAUUCAACCUCCUCGCCAGGACAAGAUACCAUGGAUGCCAUUUCAAGACGGCAAAGCUAGAGGUCAAUGUGUGUGCUAUGCGGACCGCUGUGCGUGAAUGGGGAAGACUUUUCCGUGUCCAAGAUGUCAAGCAAACAUGGAAUGUGGCAGCAAGUGCCCCUCUUCAACCAGGUUGUAAGCUCCACCCCUCCGAAGAGCUGACCGCGCAAUUUGAUCUGGAGUUUUCCCCUUUUGGUACCCUAGGUUUUUUUUUUGCUACCUUGGACGACGGCCAACAUUCACGUCAUGUGAUUGCGACUGUUGGUCACGUCCUGGGUGACACGUGUGAUUCAAUAUCUGUACAGAUCAGUGCUGACGGUCGAAUGCAAUCCCUUAGAACUAUAAAAGACUGCAAAAGAUUUGUCGGCCGACCUCGUUUCCGACUCGGUUGGCCAGAAGACCGGCCAUGUCUCAAUGAAAUUUGCCUCAUUGAGACGAUCGGUCUGGAAAGCGCUCAGACUAAGUGCCGGUUUCCCCUAGAUCUUGAUUGUCAUGCCCUUGUUCCUCCUAUUGAGGAAACAGACCAAGAAUUUACAGCUACCGAUCCGAAGCUGGCCGAUCCGGAUGAAAUGAUAGCCUGGGUAGAACAAAAUCGUCCGGUUACAGUUUACAAGCAUGGUGCGGCCACUGGCCACACGACUGGGAACCUCAUGAGGAUUAAGGAAUUAGAACAAGGGUUUCAUCAAGGUCGACCAUUGCGAAGAUCACCCUCUUCUUCUCAGUCGAGUGAUUCAGAUUGUGAGAAAGACUCAACUCGGACAUUCCACUUGGUUGUAGAGUGGCUGUCACCUGCGCAACCAUUCGCUGCACCUGGAGAUUCUGGGAGUCUUGUAUAUGCUAAGCGCGAUAAUGUGAUUGUACCAUUUGGGAUCCAUUAUGGAUCCAAAGGGUGUGUCAGUUAUGCUUACUUAUUAUGGUUCUGGUGUGAAGAGGUGUCCUGUUGGCUUAAGGCUGACCUUCAUUUCUGCGAUCCAGGUGAAUGUCCUGCCAGUGCCAUGUUCUACCAACAUGGUCAGAGGCUAAUAAUAAAUAGAUGUAUGCAACCUAUGGCUACUGGGAUUUGUGAGUUAAGAGGAGGCUGCCAAGCUAUGAGCCAACUAUCAAUUGCUUGUGAUAUACUGAACCCCAGCAGAAGAUCCAAGCAGGGAUCUCCUUGUCCAGUUCCCUGUGAGCAGGGCUCAUAA